UGGUCACAUGACUGAAAACACAGCUCUAACAGGAGGGAGACGUUAAUCGAAAGGGGAACAGACCACGACGUAACACCGGUUCAUUAGCAUUUAGUUCAUCCACACAGACACAGCAGUGUUUAGGCCGUCUCUGCUAACGACAGCAGCCUUGAAUCUCACACAGGAAAACCCACCGGCUGUCUGCUCGGUUACCGAUGGCUCGCACCGCUUUGCUUGUGCUGUUUUCGGUCGUGCUGUCUAGUGUGUCCGCCGGAGUGUUUUUCAGCCCGAAGCAGCCCUGCUAUGUCCGCACACAGAGGGGAAAAGACUUUGGACUGAGGACCAAACCUCGUCCUCAUGAGUAUUUAAACAUUUCUGAUCUGCCCAAGUCAUGGGACUGGAGGAACAUCAACGGCACCAACUACGUCAGCACAACCCGCAACCAGCACAUUCCCCAGUACUGUGGCUCCUGCUGGGCACAUGGCAGCACCAGCGCCAUGGCAGAUCGCAUCAACAUUAAGCGAAAAGGAGCGUGGCCAUCUGCUUACCUCUCUGUCCAGCAUGUGAUCGACUGUGGUGAUGCUGGCAGUUGCCAUGGAGGCGAUCACACCGGGGUUUGGGAGUACGCUAACCAGCACGGGAUCCCAGAUGAGACCUGCAACAACUACCAGGCUAAAGACCAGAAGUGUAAGCCAUUCAACGAGUGCGGCACCUGCACCACCUUUGGAGUGUGCAACAUCGUGAAGAACUACACCCUGUGGAAAGUCGGAGAUUACGGAGAUGUGAGCGGGAGGGAGAAGAUGAUGGCAGAGAUCUAUGCUAGAGGGCCGAUCAGCUGCGGGAUCAUGGCCACAGAAAAGCUUGACGCGUACACCGGAGGUCUCUACUCUGAAUACCAGGAGCAACCUUACAUCAACCACAUCGUGUCAGUGGCAGGAUGGGGAGUGGAGGAUGGCGUUGAGUAUUGGAUCGUUCGCAACUCCUGGGGAGAGCCUUGGGGUGAGAAGGGUUGGCUCAGGAUCGUGACCAGCGCCUACAAGGGAGGAAGCGGAAGCACAUACAACCUGGCGUUAGAGGAGGAUUGCAUGUACGGAGACCCCAUUGUCCCCAAAGAAUACUUCUAGAUGAGACCAGCACCCACCGCGUCAGAGGUUGUCACUGCACACGCUCAUGUGUCUUCCUGUCUCAGGUGGAGGGAAACUUUUUUUAAAGUGUUUUAAAUGUUGAAAAGGGAAUAAGUUCAGAUUUUUCUUUCAGAUCUUUUUUUAUUAUUUUUACACUUUUAAUCAGGGGAGCAAACUUCUGUGCCACAGUCCUCCUAAUGGAUAUCAGACUUCAGGUUUUUACCGCAGGUUGACCUGCAGGCUGGUAAACGGUUUGAAACCUCUAAAUGUUGAAUCACAGGGAGGAGUGAAACAUGUCAGUACCACUAAUUUCUAUGCUGUAGCAAAAUUCAAGCACUGCCUGCUGAAUGGACAUUAUAGACAAUUAGAGGAAGAUGAGGAAAUUCUUCAUCUUACAUGAUCAAACUGCUUUUUAUUUUUAAUUUCUAAAUGCAAACCGACUCUGCCAAAGAACGAGAGUAUUUCAUUAGUCCUGCACUGCUCUGACACUGAAUGUGUGGUGUUUGGUUAUUGACAGUAAUGCACUACACCCUGAUGGAUGUUCUGUACAUAACUGAAUAAAAAUAAACAUAAACUGUGCCUUAUAUGCACCUGCAGCAAAGUACAGCUUUAUGUUAUUUGCUGUUUGUGUUUUCACAUCCAAUCUACACAUCAUAAAUUUAGCUAAAAUUGUUGUUUCAGACUAUGCCAAUAAACACUUCACACAGGA